AUGGGGUCGACGAACGGUUAUGUUCCCAGCAAGGAGAUGCAGUUGAGGUAUCUUGUCGAAUGGUUCAAAGAGUUCAGCGAUAUGCAGAAGAGUGACUUCCUUCCAGUCCUUGUCCAGAGGUUUGGGAACAAGAGCUAUGUCAACGGACUCCUCCCGGCGAUGGAAGCGAUUGGGAACCUCGAGGACAGGCCGCCCAACCUGUUCCAGUGCCGGGUCAAACUCUUCACCGAAUGGACAGAAACAUGGGGCAACGAGGAGAAGCAGACCCUCCUCAACCACAUCAAGUCGAUCGACCCAAACUUCUCGGCCAAGUACGAUAAAGAAGUCAGCUCUGAAACUGCCCCCUAUCUCCAGCAGGAAUACGUCGAUUGA